CCAAACCCUAGAGAGAGAAAUUUCGUUCUCUAACAGAUUCUUGUAUUUCUCUUCAGCAAUUUAAUUUGGCGAGAAGGAUGAAGGAUUAGAAUGAAACUAUUUGGAUUCUGUUCAAGGAAUUUGAGAAAUGUGUGUGCCGAAAACGAGAGAGAGUUGAUGUGGAGUACCUGAUUUUGGCGAAUCCGUCAAAUCUACUGUGGGAUUGAUUUUGCAGAAAUGAUUCUGUGAUCUCAUUACAUUGGAAUUUCUGUUUGAUCGGAUUCAAGUUUGAGAAUCUGAAGUCCGUUCUUUAAGAAUCGAGGUAGUGUUUUGUCUUCGGAAUCCGUGAAUGGUUUCGAAUCCAGAUCUCGUGUUAUAUGCCUGCAUUGCAAGUGGAACUGUAAUCCUUGCUGAAUUCACGAGAGAGUUGAAUCUCGAUGACUUGGCUUUCAGAUGCAUCGAGAAAGCCCCUCCUCAUCACUCCAUCUUCUCCCAUACUGUGAGAAAGAGAGUGUACAUGUUUUUGAUCGAAGGUCCCUUCGUUUAUUUCGGUAUCUUCCAUGAAGACCUUUACAAAUCGGAGAUUUGUGGUUUCUUAAACCGAUUAAGUUGUGUUUUCGAGGAGUUCCUCGAAUCCGAAUCGUUCAAGGGUUUCGAGAACUUCACUUCGUACUGCUUUCAAUCGCAGUUCGAUUCGACUUUCCGGCAUCUCCUUGGGUUGAAUCUCAACAACACAUCGUACAGCGUAUUGAAGGAGGCUCAGAGGUCAAGCUUGGAUUCAAGUAAAAGAAAGCAGAUACCGCUGAUUUCGAAGUUCUCGAAUCCCAGCAGCCUAAUGAAGAAGAAGAAGAAGAAGGUAGUUGGGGAUGCUAAUGAAGAAGCAGGGAAGUAUGCAAUGGUUGAUUCUGCGGAUCUGAAUGACCAUAAUAAUGGUUUGUGUAGUAGAGAUAGUUCAUUGCUGAAGCAGAAGAAUGGUUCCCAUAUGAUUGAGCGUCAGAAAGUUAAGCAAAUAUGGCGGAAACAUGUAUGGGUUGUUUUGUCCAUCGAUUUGUUCGUAUGUCUGGUUUUGUUCGCCAUAUGGCUUUGGGUUUGCAGAGGAUUUCGGUGCAUUGAAAGCUGAAAUUGAUGGGGUUUCAAACCUUCAUUGGCAGAAAUGGCCAUCUGGAAAACAGGGUUGUAAACACCAUGUAUGAUUCAUGCAAGCUUCAACUUCGCAUAUUUUACUUUGCUUUGCUGGUAAUCUUUCUGGGUUUCUUGAUUUUUGUUUCUUUUCUAUGCAUUGUGUAUGAUUCUCAGAAACUGCCAAUUCAAUGGAGUUGAGUUCAUCCUCAUAAUGGGAAUAAUCUCUGUUUUGGGCAUC